AUGAAGGUGCUCAUCUGGUCUUCGCUUGUUACCGCGUUCCUUACUGCAUCUGCGACAGCUCAGUCUCCAGUGACUGCUCAUGACAAUGUGCACAAUCUGACCUUCAUCGGCUAUAAGUAUAACGGUGUGGAGAACUUCCAAGGCAUCAAAUAUGGCCAGGACACCUCAGGUGCCAACAGAUUCAAACAUCCCCAGGCUUUCGCAUAUUUCAACGGAACAACCGUCCAGGCCACUGCUGUUGGUGCGUCAUGUCCUCAAAACACUCUAGAGAGUCUCGCAGGCAUCAGCGUGAACGAAGGGGUCUACGACUUGUCUGAAGACUGCUUGAAUCUGAGGAUUGCAAGACCUGCAGGCACCAAGGAGAAUGCCAAUCUACCAGUCCUGGUAUGGAUCUAUGGUGGAUCCGACGAGACCGGAUCCACGAACUACUCGCUGUAUGAUCCAACAGCACUUGUUUUGGGAGCCGCGGCCAAGGACACACCUCUGAUAUUCGUCUCCAUGAAUUAUCGUGUGAACAUCUUUGGCUUCGCAAACAGCCCAGCCGUUCGUGCCGAAAAAUCUCUCAAUUCAGGUCUUCUCGACCAGCGACUCGCCCUCGAAUGGAUUCAAAGCAAUAUCGCCACUUUCGGCGGCAAUCCCAAGGAGGUCACACUCUUCGGCGAGAGCGAUGGUGGCACAGGUGUCGGGCUGCAAAUGACUGCUUAUGGCGGACAAGGCUCUGUUCCAUUUCAGCGUGGCAUCAUGGAGUCUGGCUCUUCAGCAGCUGAUCCAGGGGUUUCUGGCAACUUCACACUUAACAGCACCACGACAGUCGCUCAGCUAGCCGGGUGCUCCGACACCAACAGCACAGAAGUACUCAAUUGCCUUCGUCAGCUCCCAAUGACCCAGCUACUGAGUGCUGUCCUCCAGUACGAAAACACAACGGCCAGCGAGUUGUCUCAGGAUAUUUUCUUCCCAGUAAUCGAUGGAGACUUUAUUCCCGCUGCUCCAUCUACUCUGCUGCGAACCGGACAAUUCCACAAGAACAUCUCUGUCAUCUCUGGAUGGAAUUACAAUGACGGAAGCAUCUUCACAAGCCCAACGCUGAACAGUUCCAGUGAUGUGCGUGCCUUGGUCAACAAUUCUUACCCGCACUUGAAUGCUACAACGCUGAGUACGUUGAUCUCGCUGUACCCGAUCAACGACUUCGAAGCAACCGCUGCG